GGGGCAAGGAGCUGUGAGGAGCAAGUGGGCGGACUGACACUCCCUGCAUUGCCCUGCCCUGCCCCUGCCCCGUCGGGGACCGAGCCGUUCCCGGGCUGUGGCCGCACAGACAGCGCUGGCAGCGGCGGAGCGACAGCGGCUCAGACACACACACACACGCUCACUCACUCACUCACACACAGAGGGAGAUACAGGAACUGGAGCAGCGAGAGGAGGAGCUGAUGGAGAACGGCACGUCGCAACUGUGUGAUGUUGGGAUCAUCAACAAAAAGAUCGAGAAGAUCUCCGUCAAACCUCUGCAAAACGGAACGGUGCUCGUACAACAGGAAUGUGCCUUCACAGAAGGACAGUAUGUCUUGUCAAGAUGGACAGAUGGGUUGGUCUACCUUGGAAAAAUCAAGAAGGUGAACAGACACAAGCAAAAUUGCCUCUUGGUGUUCGAAGAUAACUCUGAGUUUUGGAUUCUUUGGAAAGAUAUUCAGCAUGCCGGAGUUCCGGGGGAAGAGCCGAAAUGUGAAAUCUGCUCGGAGAAAAACUCCACUCCACCCAACGAAAUCUUGGUCUGUGGCAAGUGUGGCCUGGGUUAUCAUCAGUUGUGCCACAAUCCCAAUGUAGACCGGCCAAUCCAUGUAUCCAGCGCGCCCUGGUUCUGUCGACAGUGUAUAUUUGCAUUGGCUGUCAGGAAAGGAGGUGCGUUGAGAAAGGGACCCCUUGCCAAAGCCUUGCAGAGCGUUAAACAGGCUUUGCCCUACACCAUGCACGAGCUGAACUGGGACUCUCUGCACAGAACUAACCUACAACAGUGUUACUGUUACUGUGGGGGACCUGGAGAGUGGUAUCUGAAGAUGCUGCAGUGCUGCCGAUGUAGGCAGUGGUUUCAUGAAGCCUGCACUCAAUGCCUGAAUGAAGCCAUGCUGUUUGGAGACAGAUUCUAUUUGUUUGUUUGUUCAGUGUGCAAUAAAGGACCGGAAUAUAUCAAACGCCUGCCCCUCAGAUGGGUAGAUGUUGUGCACCUCGUCUUGUACAAUUUAGGAGUCCGUGGUAAAAAGAAAUACUUUGACUUUGAAGAGGAAAUUUUUAUAUUUAUUAAUCAAAACUGGUUGAGUCUCCAACUUGGAAAGCUGACAGAAACUGCCAUGCUGGAACGAAAGCAGCAUCUCCUGAAUGCGUUAAACAGCUAUAAAAGCCGAUUUAUCUGUGGUAAAGAAAUUAAGAAGAAGAAAUGUAUUUUCCGUCUCCGCACUCGAGUGCCGCCAGUUCCUCCUAAUGUGAUUCUGCCCGAUAACAUCGGCCAGUUGACCGAUCACGCCUCCACCGAGAUCAAGAGACGAGGAAAAAACGUGUUGGUGUUUGCAACUAAAUAUGGGCCGCUGCCAGAUGUACCCCAGCCUCGCCGGCCACAGCUGCCACUGAAAUGGGGCCGGAGGAACAGGAAGUCGAGCUGGUUUCUGCAGGAUGCUGUGCCAAAGAGCGAUUUCUCAACAGCUGAGAGCACGAGCUACCACUUGGCCAACAUAUUUGACUUUACAGUGGACGACAUGCAGAGUUUGAAAAGUUUCAGCGAUCGCUCGGAGGAAAACUUCAACGUGGACCUGGAUUCGACAGAUGCAGCAAGCACAUCUGGAUCUGCCUCAACAAGCUCCUCUGGAGACUCCCGAAAGAUGGCGGGAAGCCAAAAGAGAAAGGCGCCAAUGGAAUACUCGCUGAACGCCAACGACAGCCGUAAGGAAGCCGUCUACACGCACACGGCCAACGGAUUGGGUCGGGUGGAGCAAGCGAUGGAGAAUAACUACCACAGCGUGCACACCUUUGACAGCAUGAGCGAUGACGAGACCUCCAUCUCCAACCUCAAGUCGUCCAUCAGCAGCUACCUUGGCGCGGCGGGCAGGCUGGCGUGCAGAGAGAGGUUCCACGUCCUGGCCCGCAGGGAGACGCUGGAUGGCAGCGUCCAGUACCUCGUUCAGUGGGAAGGCACCACACCAUACUGAGCCGCAGCUGGGACCCUCCCCCCGCCCGCUCGGCAACCCCAGGGUUCAGCCCCAUGGCCUGAAACCAUCGCACGCGCCUGGUGCAAGGUGAAAAAACAGCCACCUUCUGUGGAGCCUCGUGGAGACCAGAGAGAGACUGUUAAUUGAAGACUUGAGAUCGUAGGCACUCGCUGUGCCAACGCAUUUAAGACAACGUUGGUACCGCACCCGCUUUCUGCUGCUAGUAGUCGCUAGUGUUAGUUAAUACUCGACCGAGGAGCAUUUACAGUGCAAUCCUGAGAUGUAUUUGUAAUGAAUGAAUACUGGACUGGCUUUACCCGCCCACGAGCGCAGUGGAGGGGGUGUUGAUGUGGAGAGCGGGCAGCAUCUGUCCCCACACUGACCCCACGAUUCACCACCCUCUGCUCACUCCUCCUGGUCCUGCCUCAUUGAGACCCGUCAAUGGCUCCAGAGUUGAUUUGCAAGCCCUAUUCAAAGAUGGUCCUGUGCUUCAGGGAAGAAAAACGGGAAGUUUUAUUUGACCAAGUGACUGAGGAUGAGACGAGAAAGUUGUGAAUGUAAAUGGAAUGUGAUUCGUUUUUGUUCUUGUUGCAGGUUUGAGGAGUGCAGGCGGAGAGAGCGGUGAUUGGAAAUGGAUGUUGUGUACUGAGAAUGUUUCAUUGUAGAGUGGGAACAGGCCUGACUAAGUUGAUCUUGGAGGCUCCAGUGUAUCUGCUGCAUAUUUAAUCUAUUUCCACCCACAGCUCUGCUUUAGAUUUAGAAUCACACCAGCUGUCAUAUGUAGCCACUUGUGAAUGAUCAAAGUGCACCUGACUUUGGAGAGACCGCUCUCAGCUGCUUGAAUCUGCUACUAGCCGGCUUUAUGGAAAGAUUCAGACUGUGGCUAAAGUCAGUGGCCUUGUCCGUUGAUCUGUGUUGUCCCGGCUGCUGCUCCUCAAUGCCUCUCGCAAGGGGCUCCAGGGUGCCCCGUGCUGUGGGUGAAGCCAGGCUAUGUACACAAUGCUUUGACACAAUGUGAAUGGACAUGAUUUUAUACAGUGCUGCUCUCGCUGUGUGGAUCUGACCAGGCAGAUUUCACACCUCGCAAUUUACACCCUUUGAGAACCGGCUGGGCCCACCUGCGCUGACGGCCGCUGUUACACCGCUGUGCCCGUGGCUUUCCGCGGCAUUGGCGCCGUGUGCUGGUCACACGGUGGUCGCCUGGUCUUUCCUCUCACCUGCCUGUUUGCUGCUUGAAAGAUUUCAUGCUGCUCCCAUUCUUUCUGGGGAAGCUCUGUCAGAUUUGCACUAUCCUGCCCCUCACCUUUCACCGGGUGAUUUGCACCUUUUGCUUCCCGUUCACCCCAAGGGAAGAGAAGAGCAUGGGAUUCUGGAAAGAAUCCUUUCAUUGAAACGUGAGCACCCCAAUCUAAAUGAAGUAAGACGUGUAGAAACAAGGAACAACAGAUGCUGGUUAAUACACAUAGGACACUAGGUGCUGGAGUAUGUCAGCGGACCAGCCAGGAUCUCUGG